CUACAUUAGUAGUAAUAUCAUCCGAGAUGCUCAUUGAGAGGAAUCUGGGUUUGAAUAAAAAGGAUUUAAAUUCAUAGUAUACUUGUAGUUCAACAAAUCUCAGACGCUUUUGCAAAUUGAUAUUUGGUCACUCUAAAGAUUCGUUUUAUUCAUUUGGUAUACGUGACAUCAAGUUAGACCCACGCCCAUAUAUAUAUAAUUAUUUAAUCAAUCUCUUCCUUUGCUUUGUCAUUAUAUUUUAAUCCGUAUUCGAAUAGCAAUAAUUGAAGAUGCCCGACAAGAGCGACAAUGUAAAAGUGGAGGCACAGUCAUACCCAGACCUAACAUCUCCAGAUUAUAGCCAACCUGCAUCAAAGCAUCAGGAAUAUGCGCUAGCUAAAGAAUGCUCCGAUUAUUCUUCACAAACACAGUCGGCUCACUCGACCACAAAAUUACAAGAAUCGAGGCAGUCUCCACAACUUCCAUUAUUUAUGCCUGACGCUCAGAUCCCUUCAGAUACUACUCUUCCACAUCCUUUGGGUGUUGCUAAAUCGGCUCAAAAAUACUCUCCGUUCCAGUAUCAUGCAUAUUCACAGCGACCACCGCAUAUGUAUAAAGACGAUGGUAAUGCUGACCAACAGUCCCGUACCUACCCAGCAUUACACAUGACGCCCACUUCUCAGUUUUCGACCAGUGAUGUUUCACAGUCAACAACCGCCUGUUUAAAUACUAGCUCCGUUAAUGCAGAUGUAAAUUCAGUCAAUAUCAGUUCUCCAAUGCUUUCUGCUGAACAUGACAAAAAGGUGGAAUGUGUGUCGAAAAAAAGUACGCCGCCAUCACUAUCUAUUCCAUUGCCACUGCAGAAUGAACCAUCAUCGUAUGCAUCUCGAUAUCACGUCCAACCUUCGCCUCUAUCAUCAACCCAUGAUCAAUACUAUACUUAUUCCGGUCAGCAUGAUCGGCAGCAAUAUGAAGCCUGUUCAAAAAAAGAAAUGCAGACGUCUACAUGGACCUCACGCCAACAAACCUUGCCUCCUCCGAACCAGUAUCACCAUGUAGCCUAUGAUGCCGACCCAAAUUCCAAUCGUAUGAUUCAGUAUUCAGAAGAUUAUCGUCAAUAUCCCCGUACUACUCACUACAAUAAUGAACAAUUGCGAGUUGCCCCACGAUUGGCAGCU